UUAAUAAUGUCUCUACCAAGAAAGCAUGGGAACAAGGUUAACGUCGACUACAAAGCACGACUGGAACACAAGUUAUAUCUGGCUAGAGAAAAUCCAGAACCAAUAUUUGAUGUAUCCGAAUGUGCUUUAAAGCAUGUGCCAUCUGGUAUUUAUUCGCUAUGUAAAGUAUUCAGGAAGAAGGUGCUAUGGAUGUACAGUAAUAAAUUAACUUCACUCUCUGGUGGAGGUGCCUUAAGUGAUUUGUCAUUACUUGUUGUAUUAGAUAUUCAUGGAAACGAAUUUACCAAUUUACCACCUGACAUAAUGUGUCUUGUCUCUCUUAAGGAACUGUACUUGCAAGACAACAAUAUAAGAAAACUGCCAAAUGAAAUAGUGCACUUAAGUAAAUUAAACAUUCUAAAUGUUUCAAGGAAUAACUUGAAACAAUUACCAGAAACGAUAGGAACUUUAAGACAGCUCAUUACAUUGGACAUUAGUCAAAAUAAAUCCCUUCAUAAACUUCCUAAGUCCCUUGGCUAUGCGCAACAAUUGGCACAAUUAAAUAUCGAUGGAUUAAAUUUGUCGUAUCCACCUCAAGAUAUUUUAUAUGGAGGCACAGUAGUGAUCAUAGCAUUUUUGGCUAAUGAAAAUGGCAUUGAGUAUUUGCCAGAAGAAUCUGUUUCAGAUGUAGAAUUGUCAAAAAAUACAAGUUCAGAUGAUACCCAAGGAACAUAUAAUAAGAAUCAUGAUGUACAGGCAGCAUUACAGAAGCUAGCAAAAAUGAAGGAACAUCGUCAAAACGCGUUAUUAGAAGUUGAGAAAAAUAUGAAACAACAACAGGAAUACGAAAUUGGAAUUCAUUCCAUGUUGAAAGAACACAGAAAAAAGCUUUUGGAAGACCUUGCUUUAGAACAAUCACAGUUACUAGACGAAUUACAAAAAGUACAACAAGAAAGAAAUUCUAACAGUGCACGUUUACUAUCUUAUAUUUAUAAUGCUGAAAAAGAAGCAAAUAACGUAAUUAAGGAAUUUCUGAGAAAUAGCGAACAGGAAAGACAAAGUCAAGCGGAAUUACUAAAACGCGAAAAACAAGAAGAAAUUCAAUUAUUAUUAUCUUGUCAUUCAGAACAGUUCAUGUUUCGUACAAAAGAUACUCUUCUUUCAAUGGAGAAAUUAUUGGAAGAAGAACUCCAUAGAACCAGAAAAUUAGAAGAAUAUAGUAAACACAGAGAUUAUGCUGCACAAUCUUUGCUCACACUAGAAGUUAGAAACAAUGAUCAUUUAGCACAAAUAGUGCAGAGUCAAGAGAGGAACAGACAAGAUUUAGUCGAUACAUUAAAACAAGAUGAAGUUUUACAAAAAGCUGCUGUUGCUGCAUUAUUGGAACGUAGCGACGCACGUUCGUGGAGUAUUAUGCAACAAGUAAACUUGGUACAAUUGCAAUUAGCUGCUCUUACAAACAUUGAAUUGGAGAAAAGAAAACUAGAAAUGAACCAACAGUUGAAUGAAAUAGCUGAGAAAAGGGUCGCUUUAAGCGCUAUUCUGAUGAAUCUGUUGGAACAACAGAAAAGUAGAAGAAAUCAACUUUUAGAAACGAUUAAUAAUAUUGAGCACCAACGCACCAUCAAUAAUUCUAGAAGAAACAGUCAAUUUUGGUUGAUGCAGUACCAGUCUUUAAUGGAAGCACGACCUCAGGGUUUAUUAGAAAUGCUAGAUCCUAUGCUAGUGCGACAUGUUGCAAUAGCAGGAGCGCUACAUUAUUUGCCAUUUUUAGCUUCCCUACCAUCAUUACUUCCGGAUCUUACUGAUGAGCAAUUAGAAACUAUCGGAAUACACUGUGAAGCAGAUCGCGCUGCUAUAAGACUUGCGGUUGAAAAUUAUUUAGCAGAAAUAAAACUUAACGAACAUAGAACACCUGUAACACCUUCUGCACCGCCCGAAGAAGCAUGUACAAGUUCUAAUUACGAAGAAUCGAAUCCUAUUCAAAGUAUUAAUACUGCCGAAUGUGUGAUUUGUCUCGAUUUACAAUGUGAAGUAAUUUUUCUACCAUGUGGACACCUUUGUUGCUGUUCAGGUUGUGCAAAUAUGGUUUCUUCAGAUUGUCCAAUGUGUAGAAGUACUAUAGAACACAAAAUUCACGUUAUAAAGCCUUAAAGUAUCAACUCAAUUUUUUAUAUAUAAUACCACCUAGAUUAAUUAUCUUUAAUGUUCUAUUAUUUUAAUUAUAUUUUUAAUUAUUUUAAUUAUAUGCGUUUAUUAUUUGAAAGUUUAUACAAAAGGAGUUAAGUUAUAGCAUAUAUUUAUAUAUUUUGGAUAUUCCCGUUUACAGAACUGGUAGUUCAUAAAACAUCAUAUUUAUAGUUGUCCCAUAAAAAUUGUUU